ACAGUUUAACAUCCAAUUACAUUUAAAAAAUUUUAUAAUGAAAUUUGAAAAGAUUGUAAAUGAUGAAGUACUGGUGAAAAAACCACAUAAGAUUGAAUGGCAAAUUAUUUGGGCAAAUGUUAUUAUUGCCAUAUAUAUUCAUUUUACUGCCCUUUAUGGAAUAUACUUAACCACCUUUUAUCCUAUUAAACUUUGGACUUUCAUCUGGUUCUUCGCUGUUGGUAUAUUUUCAAAUAUAGGAACCACUGCUGGCGUUCAUAGAUUAUGGUUUCAUCGGUCUUAUAAGGCAAAGUGGCCGAUGAGACUUAUUCUUAUGAUUUUCCAGACUAUUUCUUAUCAACGCAAUAAACAAUCUAUGGAGAUUGUAGGAAGAGUACGAACUCGGCCUUUGAAUUCGGACAGAAAAACUCUAAAAACUUAUCUGUAAAAAAAUAAAAAAGGCGCCUAGUAUGGGCUUACCAGUAGUGAAAAUUUACGCAUUGCA